CCGUGACCCGUCACUGCACAAUCCAAAAAACACCCAGCUCUAUAUCAUCGUCGUGUUUGACUUGUCAUGGCUGCAGCUUCGUCGUCUUCUGCUUUGUCACUUGCGCCUCUUGCUUCCUUGGCUGUGUCGGAUCAGGAGCUCCUUGAUGAAGGGACUCAUCUGUCAUGUCUCCCUGAACUUUUACGCAAGUUCUUUGGUUUUGUUAAGGUAUCUCUCGAUCGAGUUCGACGAGCAGUUCGUGAUCAGUAUACGGUUGGACGUUUGUUGCCCGUUCACUGCUUCUGCUGUACGGCAUGUCGUGGUCCUGGAGAAUUUUCCUUACAUGACUCGUGACAAUUGUGCGGCGUGCCACUAUCGCUCGCGCACGUUCCUUUCGCGUUCAGCCAUCUGAUUGGAAGGAACACUUAUGUGACAUACUACGAGUGCACACAUGUGAUGUUGAGUUUGUCAAUUUAACUGUGUUCGUGCUUUUAAAGACGCCCAGCGACAUCUCGCGUAUCAGAUCAUGCCCGAUCCUUCUGCUAAUCAUUUUCGCGAUUGUAAUGCUGCUGAACAUCAUUCGAUCCGUAGUCGAGUCCGAACGUCCUGCGGCAAGGGACAAGGUCAAAAACCAAGCUCAUCCCCGUCUCUAUCUCGGAGAACCGUUCCGUAUGGGAGAGCACGUGUGCGACUGUGCGCUUAUUGCCCACAAACAAGGUACACCGUCGACGAAAGCACGUUC